ACGGGGAAGUGGCCGGAAUGGACUGAUCCCGGUCUACCGACGUUACAGCGACCAUCAACCCGCCUGGCAACAAGCAUCGGCCGCUUCACGACGCCAGCCAUGUUCGGGCGGUCACGGAGUUGGGUCGGGGGACAGGGGAAAUCGAGAAACAUCCACUCCCUGGACCAUUUAAAAUACAUGUACAGUGUCCUGACUAAAAAUACCACGGUGACGGACCACAACAAGAACCUCCUGGUGGAGACCAUCCGCUCCAUCACCGAGAUCCUCAUUGACCAGAAUGACAGCUCUGUGUUUGACUUCUUCUUGGAGAAGAACAUGUUUGCCUUCUUCCUCAACAUCCUGCGUCAGAAGUCUGGUCGCUACGUGUGUGUCCAGCUCCUCCAGACACUCAACAUACUGUUCGAGAACAUCAGCCAUGAGACAUCACUAUACUACCUGCUGUCCAACAACCACGUCAAUUCCAUCAUAGUCCACAAGUUUGACUUCUCGGAUGAGGAGAUCAUGGCCUAUUACAUCUCCUUCCUGAAGACCCUGUCGCUCAAGCUGAACAACCACACCGUGCACUUCUUCUACAACGAGCACACUAAUGACUUUGCCCUGUACACCGAGGCCAUAAAGUUUUUCAACCACCCCGAAAGCAUGGUCCGCAUUGCUGUCCGCACCAUCACACUCAACGUCUACAAAGUGGACAACCAGCACAUGCUGCAUUACAUCCGCGAUAAGACGGCCGUUCCCUACUUCAGCAACCUGGUCUGGUUCAUCGGCAGUCACGUGAUCGAGCUGGACAAGUGCGUGCAGACGGAUGAAGAACAUAGGAACAGAGGGAAGCUAAGUGACCUGGUAGCGGAGCAUCUCGACCAUCUUCACUACCUAAACGACAUCCUCAUCAUCAACUGUGAAUUCCUCAAUGAUGUUUUGACCGACCACCUUCUUAACCGCCUGUUCCUGCCCCUCUAUGUCUUCUCACUGGUUUCCCCUGAAAUGUCUGAAGAGAGAAAGAUCAACCCCCAGGUGUCACUCUAUCUUCUUUCUCAAGUGUUUUUGAUUAUACACUACCAGCCUCUGGUCAACGCCCUCGCUGAUGUCAUCCUCAACGGAGACCUGUCUGUAUUCACCCCACAGACAGAAGCACACAGCACACACAAGAACACGGCCAAUGUAGGAGGCGUACGGCGGUUCACCAAGCCCCCGGAGUCCCUGGAGCGCUCGCUGGAGCUGUCUCGCCACCGGGGGCGCAAAAGAACCCAGAAACGGCCCAACUACAAGAACCUCGGGGAGGAAGAGGAGGAGGAGGAGGAGCGGGCCAGGGAAGGAGGAGGAGGAGAGGAGGGCUGGGAGGACGACGGUAGAGGAGGCGAGCGGGAUGGCGGCCGGGACAGGGAGAAGGGAAAAGGUACAGAGGGAGGAGAGAGAGGAGGAGCAGGAGGUGGAGGUGGGAGCUCAAAGGGAAGCAGAGCGAGUGGGGAGACAGCGGAAGAGAUCGAGAUGGUGGUGAUGGAGAAGUGUAAGGUGUCCGAGCUUACGGAACAAAACAUUACCGACGAGGAGAAGACCGCCGCCGCCACCCGCACACACACACAAAGGAGCAGACCAUUCCUAGACAUGGUGUACAGUGCUUUGGACUGCACCAGUGAGGACUACCAUGCCCUGUUUGUCCUCUGCUUGCUCUAUGCUGUCUCACACAGUAAAGGAAUAAAUGGUGACCUUCUGGAGCGUCUCCAGCUGCCUGUUCCCGACCAGGAGAGGACCUCCUACAGCCAAGUACUGGUGGAGAGACUCAUCAGAGUCAUGAGUCAGGCUGCACAACCAGAUGGGAAGGUGCGUCUAGCCACAUUGGAACUAAGCUGCCUUUUAUUGAAGCAGUCUGUUCUCUCUGGAAAUCACUGUAUCAUCAAAGACGUCCACCUGGCCUGUCUGGAGGGUGCCAGGGAAGAGAGCCUGCAUUUGCUGCGGAGAUUCUACAAGGGGGAGGAGAUCUUUCUGGACAUGUUUGAAGAUGAGUACCGGAGCAUGACGAGUAAACCGCUCAAUGUGGAGUACCUGAUGAUGGAUGCCUCUGUCCUGCUGCCCCCCACUGGCACCCCGCUGACCGGGAUCGAUUUUGUCAAAAGGCUGCCCUGCGGAGAUGUGGAGAAGACACGCAGGGCGAUCCGCGUGUUCUUCAUGCUGCGGUCGCUGUCCCUUCAGCUGCAGGGAGAACCCGAGACCCAGCUCCCUCUCACCCGACCGGAAGACCUCAUCAAGACCGACGACGUCCUGGAUCUCAAUAACAGCGACCUCAUCGCCUGCAUGGUGGUCAGUAAAGAUGGCGGCCAGGCCCAGAGGUUCCUCGCCGUAGACAUUUACCAGAUGAGUCUGGUUGAACCAGAGACCAAACGGCUGGGCUGGGGCGUGGUCAAGUUCGCGGGCCUACUCCAGGACAUGCAGGUGUCUGGUGUGGAGGACGACAGCAGAGCGCUGAACAUCGUCAUCCACAAGCCCAGCUCCAACCCGCACGCCAAGCCCCUGCCCAUCCUGCAGGCCAACUUCAUUUUCGCUGACCACAUCCGCUGCAUCAUCGCCAAGCAGCGGCUUGCCAAGGGACGCAUCCAGGCCCGCCGUAUGAAGAUGCAGAGGAUCGCAGCCCUUCUGGACUUGCCCGUGCAGCCUGGUGCAACAGAGGUGUUGGGCUUCAGCCAGACUGCGAACGCCUCACCCGGCGGCCUGCCCUUCCGUUUCUAUGAGCAGUCGCGGCGAGCGCCCAAUGACCCCACAGCAAACAGAUCUGUCUUCGCCUCCGUGGAUAAAGUCCCAGGUUUUGCGGUGGCACACUGUAUAUCCCAGCACAGUCCCUCCCCCGUCUCGUCUCCCUCAACUCCCUCCAGUGGGAGUGGGAGUACAGGGCGGUGUGACUCCGUGACAGCGAGUACUAUAUCAGUACAGAACUCUACAGAUGACGGCACAUAUUUGGAGCACACCGCCCCCUCCUCCUCUAGCGGAGAAGGGGAAGGAGGAGGAGGGGACGUGACGCUGGUCUCCUCCCCUCCUCCAGCCCCGGCUCUGGCCCCCAGCCUCACCCCUGCCUCCCAGCCCACCAUCUCCCUGCUAACGGACGACAGCGCCGACACGCUCAGCGUCGAGUCGCUCACCCUGCUGCCCCCCGCUGCCCCCCUGCACCUACACCCCUGCGCCACGCACACCCCUGUGAAGCCAGCCCCCGGCCACAGAACCAACACCUCCAUUGCGGAGGAGGAGGAGGACAAUGACAAUGAUGAGAGUGGAGAGAAAGAGGGGGCGGACAAGAAAGAGGAAGAGCUAAGAGAGGAAGAUGGAGACACGGAUGCCACCGUGAGGGGGGAAGCCGCCACGGCGGAGCUGGCGGCGCCCACCGGCGAGCCCGAGGGGCAGGACAGUGCUGAGGGAGACGCGCCCCUCUCCGCAGAGCCGCAGACGGAAGCGGCCGAGCAGCCCGAGGGGGAGGAGCCUGUUGAGGGAGACACGCCCACGGGGGCUGGGCCAGACACAGACACAUCCCCUGCCACAGAGCCACAAGAUGCAGAGAGUACGGCAAUGAGGGAAGGCGGAGAAACGCACUCUGAACUGACGCACGCACCAGACUCCCCAGAGCUGGAUUAGACAACACACACACACACACACACACACACACACACACACACACUGCUAACAUCAAGGAGUGAUAGUUGGGCUGUCCGGCUUGGCUGCAGCAUAUCUUCAUGUCGCUACCUGUCGUUCAUGUUUGAUGUGUAAACAGUCCAAGAGGCUUUUUUGGAGGCCUUUCAACGCUCGUGUUUGCACAUGACGGACCUUUUUCUCUCAUUUGUGUGUUUUGUUUUUUCCCACUGGGCUGACCGGGGAACAGAGGGUCAAAGGUUUGCUCCUGUUGCCUGAGUGUGGUUGCGAGUGUGCAUGUGUGUCUUGACUGUGUGCACAACCAGCAUUGUUUUAUAUUCACCUCACAUCGACAGAUGAUUUGUCACCUCGCGGAAACACAUAACGCACACACACACACACACACACCGCAUAGGCUGUUUAAGCACUUGUAAGGUUUUUAAAAGUCUGAUAUAGUUCUCUUUGCAUCAGGGCAUUCACUGUCAACAGGAACUCAUGCAACGCUCCAUAUUGUAAUACACAAACGCACACACCCCUACACACACCCCUACACACACACACACACACAGAGCUAGGCUACAGUUGUUCUUUAACCACUGCAUCUCCGACUUACAACUUACUGCCAUCUACAAUUCUGACACUGUUUGUGUGUGUGUGUGAGUGUGUGUAUUUGUUUUUUUUUUUGUAUUUUUGUGUGUGUAGGCACGCACACAUGCGGUUUUAACAUCGCACCACUGAGAUGAUUGUGUGACCCCAGCAGUGUGUCUCACACAGCUAAUUCGCUUUUCCUCACGCCACCUGAACAAUGAGCAUCUGUUCAUUUCACACACCAGUUAGCUGCAAGACCAGGCGGGUCAGAUCGGUGGGUUUGGUUCGUGGUUAUCGAUCUCACGGAAUAUGUGGCGCGUGUGAUCGGCCGUGUGGUUCACCGCUCUCAAGGGAGAAGGAGGCAGGUCUUGAACGCCGCCCUGUGAGCAGGCUGUUGGUCAUCGCAUUGUGUUUUUUUGUGGGGGUGGU